AACUUUCCGAGAACCGGCUUCGAGGAUACCACGCACAGAACAGCAAUCUUUCGACGGCACAUCUUUCGACGGCACACAUGAACUAAGAGGUUUCGAAACGAUACCACAAUAGAAACAACUUUCGACCAUUUCGCAGCACAUAUUUCUUAUCUACAACAUCAUUGACGACACAGAAUAGAAGGAGAGAAGGAAGAAGGAAUUUACAUACGAGUGGGGAGACUGAAGGAACUGAACUGGACAUUAUUAUUCGAACCGGACAUAACGACCAUUCAUUCAUCAUCAACACAUACAACAAACACCAUGAUCCGCAGGAAGCGGACCGCCCUUGGGGCCCUCUUCGCCGGGCUCAUCAUGGCACAGGGAGUGAUGGGCGACGACAUCCUCAAGACGGUCGGCUUCGACACAUGCGAGCAGGACGCCCAGGUUUCGGUACAAAGGGCUGAUGUCACCUACAACAACGCCGACAAGACGGUUACUUUCGACGUGGCGGGAACGAGCAAUCAAGUACAGAAUGUCACGGCUCAUCUAUCAGUGACGGCAUACGGCGCGAAUAUCUAUGAGAACACGUUCAACCCUUGCGAUGCGGGUACUUUUGUGAAGCAGCUAUGCCCUGUCCCCGCGGGUACCUUUUCCGCCAAAGGAACCCAGCAAAUUCCUGCAGAGGUUGCCAACAUGAUACCGUCGAUAGCGUUCCAGAUCCCCGAUAUUGCCGCCUUCGCCAAGCUCGAGCUGCUAUCGAAAGACUCUGGAAAAAACGUCGCCUGCAUCCAGUCCGAAGUAACAAACGGCAAGACCGCCAGCGUCCCCGCCGUCUCCUAUAUCGCCGCCGGUGUGGCCGGUGUCGCCCUGAUCUUGACCGGUAUCUCGGCCGCUGGAGCUGCCGUUGCCGGAGGUAGUGCUGCCGCAGGCUCAGCAGGAGGAGCUGCCAGCAGUGCCGGCGUGGGCACCAUCAGCCCCAGCUUCACCGAAGUCUUUGGCCAUUUCCAGGGUAUGGCCAUGAACGGCAUGCUAUCCGUCAACUACCCUCCUGUCUACCGCAACUUCGCCAAGAACUUUGGCUUCUCUACGGGAAUCAUUCCUUGGGCGGCCAUGCAGACCUCCAUCGACGACUUCCGCGGCAAGACGGGCGGAAACCUCACCCAGAACAGCUUCACCUUUCUCCGGGAGAACGCCACGCUUGUCUUUCCCGACAACACCACCACCACGCUCCACGAGAACAAGGGUCUCAUGCCCGUCAAGCGCGCCAUCACCGAGUUCAUCCGCCUCGCCGCUCGCGAGAUCGAGACCAGUGUUAAUCUCACUGAUCCCAGCGCAGCUAGCGAGUCCGGAAACGCAACCACGCCCGUCGACAACCCCGACAGCUUCCGCGUCGCCGUCAAGGGCAUCCAAGGCUAUAUCCAACAACUCUCCAUCCCCUCCGCCAACAUGUUCAUGACGAUCCUGCUCAUCGUAGCCAUCAUCAUCGCCGCCAUCGUCGUCGGCAUCCUGCUGGUGAAAGUCGCCCUCGAGUUCUGGGCACUCUUCGGCUCCUUCCCCGCCAAGCUCGCCGGUUUUCGCAAGCACUACUGGAUCUCCAUCGCGCGCGCCGUCACCUCGCUCAUCAUGCUUUUGUACGGCGUCUGGGUUUUGUACUGCGUCUUCCAGUUCACGCAGGGCGACUCCUGGGCGGCCAAGACCCUCGCUGGACUUACCUUGGCGUUGUUCACCGGUGUUUUGGCCUUCUUCAGCUGGAAGAUUUGGAGUACCGCGCGGAUGCUCAAGAAACGCGAGGGCGAUGUGGGAGGGCUCUACAAUGAUAAGACCAUCUGGGUCCGGUACUCGCUUUUCUACGAGAGUUAUAGGAAGGAUUACUGGUGGAUUUUCGUGCCGACCAUUCUUUACAUGUUCAGCAAGUCGGUGGUUCUCGCCGCGGCGGACGGGUCAGGUAUGGUUCAGACGAUCGCUCAGCUCUCUAUCGAAGGACUGAUGCUCAUGUUGCUGAUCUGGAGCCGGCCGUACGAGAGGAGGAGUGGAAACGUGAUCAAUAUCAUGAUUCAGACGGUCAGGGUCCUGUCGGUGGUGUGCAUCUUGGUGUUUGUCGAGGAGUUUGGCAUUGCGCAGACGACGCAGACGGUUACGGGCGUCGUGCUCAUUGCGGUGCAGAGCUCGCUGACGGGCAUUCUGGCGAUUUUGAUUGUCUGGAAUGCGGUUAAUGCUUGUUGCAAGGCGAAUCCGCAUCGGAAGAAGAGGAAGGAGAUGGAAAAACUCCAAUCCCGCGACACCCUCACCCCCCUCGACGCCCGCAACUCCCUCCUCCUCAGCCAUACCAAGACCACCGACACAACCUCCACCUUCUCGACCCUCGACAAGCCCAUCCACGACGAAGAAAAAGCCAUCCUCGCCUCCCGCGACUCGAUCCCUCCUCUUCCCGACCUCAGCCUCGUUCCCGGCCCCAACCAACGCACCUCCACCGCUACCACCACUGCCGGCCCUGGACCCGACCUCGGCGGUCCUAACGGUAGCAAGCUCGGCAGAAUCCAAUCCGGCUACACCAUGUCCGUCUACUCCGAUUACCAACGCACUACCACGCCUUUUCAGUACGACGCUGCCGCCGCGCCGCCGAUGCCUCAGCAACCUGCUCAAGCUCAGCAGUUGCACGGCAGGAAGGGAAGCCGCGAGCAACUCACCGCUAGCCCCGCGCCCAUGGGUGUUAUGAACCCGCCUAUGAACCCGAUGACUAGACAGCCAACGAUGCCCAACGUUGGAGCAGCUGGUGCUGGAUAUCGCGGCAUGCCCGCCACGGGUCAGGGUCAGGGUCCGAGGUCUGCUAGGUCCGGCUCAGCUCCUGGUCCUGCGCCGGGACAGGGAGGUGGAUAUCAAAUGCGUUUCCAACCGCAACGGCCACCGAGGUAUGGAGCUGGUAGUCAGAGUGCCGGAAGUGCGGUGGGCGGUUAUAGCCAGCAGCAGCAGCAGCAGCAGCAGCAGCAGCAGAGGCAGCAGAGGCAGGGGAGUUUGAGUAGCCAAGGCGGUUACUACGGUCAACAACAACAACAGCAGCAGGGAGGACCGGUUUAUAGACCUCAGGGGCAGCAGAGAGGUCCCGGACCGCAGUAUAGGCCGCAGUGGUGGACUGGUUCAGAGCUUCAGCAGCAGCAGCAGCAGGGGUAGUUCCGGUAGUAGUAGACCCGGGGAGUAAGGAGAGAUUGAGGGGAUGAGGAGAGAAAGAGUGUAGGAUAAGAAAGAGGGAAGAUUGAAGAUUUAAUGAUGAUGGAAAGCGGCAUAGGAAAUUUCUGUUAAAUUGUGUUCAGCAUUCAGAUUCAGAUACCACGUACCUUAAACUAAAGCAAGGAAUUUGUACUUUGUGUGAAUACUUGGCUAACUUUAUUCAGAUAUUUUGAACAC